AUGCCUCGAGAAGACUUACGACUUCUGGUGAAGCAGGAACGGAACCUGAGGAGCUUGAUGGACAACAUUCAAGAAUUUGUAAAUGAAUACCAAGCGGAGCGAGAUUAUAUUUCCCUGAAAUACCGAAUGGAGAAGUUGGAUGAUGUUUACGACAAGUUCGUUCGGGUGCGAGAGCAGAUUGAGGUGAUAACCGACGAUGCAGACAUGGCCAUUGGCAUUGAAGGCGACGAGGAACAAGCGGCCCUUGAACGUGCGAUGCGAAUCAGCGAGCGCGAAGAGGUUAACAUGCGCAUCAUUAAGGACUUUGAAAAUCGUUUUUUCCUAAUUAAGCACAGUUUGGGAGUGCUAGAAGCAGCCGAAAGUGGUUCCAACAUUCAUCAAGCUAAACCACCUACAGUAGUCGAUUCAAAACCCAGAAUCAAGCUUCCCGAGUUGAAGCUACCGACAUUUAGCGGAACGUUGCAGGAAUGGAUCACUUUUAGGGAUACAUUUACCAGUAUGAUUCACAACAACGCACACUUGUCCGACAUUGAAAAGUUCACUUAUCUACGAACGUCGUUGACAGAUGACGCAUUAACGGAAAUAGGAUCCAUCGAAUUAACAUCGGCCAACUACAGCAUCGCCUGGCAAACGCUUCAGAACUCUUUUGAGAAUAGAAAACUUCUAGUGAAGUCGUACCUAGAUAUCUUGUUUUCAGUCAAACCUAUGGAGAAGGAAUCCUAUGAGCAACUCAACAGAGUGGUGAAAGAUUUCGAGACAACGCUUAUGAUGCUCCAGAAACUUGAAGUGCAAACUGACGGGAUGUCCACCAUUCUCCAACAUAUGGUGUGCCAGCGUUUGGAUUGUGCAACUUUACAAUAUUGGGAAUCUCACCACAAUUCUAAAGAGGUUCCAACGUACCGGCAGUUGAUCGAAUUCUUAAAGGCGAGAUCUAUGGUACUUCGUAACAUUUCGUUAGCUCAUUCGAGUCAGGAGGAUUCGAAAAAGCAAUCACGUUUGCCGAUAGUGAGUCACCCAGGUAUCCAACAAAAGUUUACGUGUCCUUUUUGUGGUGAUUCAAUGCAUUCCGUGUUCAAGUGCGCAAAGUUCAUGAAAAUGAAGGUGUCCGAUCGUGUUGAGUUAGUGAAGAAAAGGUCUUUGUGUCUGAAUUGCCUAUCAUCAGGGCACAUCGCAAGAUAUUGUGUGAAAGGGUCAUGUCAGAAUUGCGGAAGAAGCCAUCACACCCUCCUACACGCAGGCUUUCAAGUUUCACAGUUCAAUUCAGGACAGUUACAAGCUGUACAGCCAUCCGAAGUCAACGCGUGUCAACCACCACCACAGAACGAAACAGGAAGACCAGCUGAUGUUUUUCCUAGUUCCACUCUCCAGAACCAAAACCAUCCCUCAUACAAUCCCAGCCCAAGCAUGUAUAACCCCCCAUCUUCAAGCACCACAGACAAUCCUUCCACUAGCCACAGUUCUGUACUAUCAGCCAAUCCUACAACUUUACCUACCACUGUCCUGCUAUCUACGGCAGUUUUAACGAUUGGGGAUAGAUACGGGAAUACCCUUUCAGCUCGAGCAUUAUUAGAUUCAGGAUCGCAGUUAUGCUUCAUGACUGAAAGGAUUGCUCAGUCUUUAAAGUUUCAACGGUAUCGAGAAUAUCUUCCGGUCAAAGGCAUUGGGCAAUCAAGCACCUGUUCCACUCAGUCGGUGUCCGCUUCGAUUGGUUCACGGUAUUCUGACUACCGCUCUACCUUGAAAUUCCAUGUUCUCCCAAAAGUUACUGCCGAUCUACCAGUUAAAAGAAUCAACAUCAGUGAUUGGAAGAUACCUCCAGGCAUUGACAUGGCAGAUCCCGGGUUCCAAAAUCCAGGCAGUAUUGAUUUAAUUCUUGGAGCAGAAGUUUUUUACGACCUGCUGUUGGAAGGACAGCACAAACUUGACAGCAUUGGGCCUAUAUUACAAAACACGCGACUGGGUUGGGUUGUUUCCGGCAAGGUUCCCGAAGAAUCGAGAGUUCAAGCAACGGUGUCAGCUUCUUGCACUGAAGAACGGGUUGAUGAAUUGCUGACUCGUUUUUGGGAGUUGGAGUCUUGCCAAACUCCUAGCACAUUAUCAUUGGAAGAGUCUGCGUGCGAGAAGAUUUUCGAAGAAACUACCGUAAGGGAUUCAUCUGGAAGGUUCGUUGUUAGGCUCCCUAGGAAAGAUUACCUCAUUCAUCAGCUUGGAGAAUCCAAGAGUCAAGCAGAGCGUCGUUUUUGGUCCUUGGAGUGCCGACUGAAAUCUAAUCCAGAACUCAAAGCGGAGUACAGCGCAUUCAUACAUGAAUAUUUGGAGCUUAAUCAUAUGACCGAAGUUAUUGCCGAAAAUGAGGAAGAUAGUUUGAUGCCACCGCCGUAUUAUAUGCCACAUCACCACGUUUUACGUCCGGAAAGCUCUACAACAAAACUACGCGUAGUUUUUGAUGCGUCCGCUACAACGUCUUCCGGAAUUUCGUUGAACCAAGCCCUGAUGGUUGGACCUGUACUACAGGAAGAUUUGCUGUCCAUAGUUCUUCGCUUUAGGUUGCACAGGAUCGCUAUUACGGCGGAUGUCGCUAAAAUGUAUCGGAUGAUUGAUGUCUCUACCGAAGAUCGCCGUCUCCAGAGAAUACUUUGGAGGGAUUCACCUGAGGAACCAUUACGAACGUUUGAGCUUACUACUGUGACGUAUGGCACCGCUUCCGCACCUUAUUUAGCUACAAAAUGUCUCCAACGGAUCGCUGAAGAUGGAAAGGAAAAAUAUCCCUCUGCUGCUAAGACACUUGGUGAGGAUUUCUACAUGGACGAUUGUUUAACAGGCGCAGAUACUGAAGAAGAAGGUAUCAAAAAAUGUAGUGAACUGAACACACUUUUGGCAUCGGCAAAAAUGAUGCUAAGAAAGUAUAACUCAAAUAACGCAGCAGUUCUGUCGGUUCUUCCCGAUCAGCUCAGAGACAGUCGGAUCUCUUUGGAACUUGAUACAUCGCAGACGAAAAUCAAGACUCUAGGCCUCAUUUGGGAUACACAAUCGGAUUGUUUUCAUUUCUCUGUUCCUCAGUGGAAUGCAUCCCCUGAGAUCAACAAGCGUCUCAUCCUUUCCGAUUUUGCCCGUUUGUUCGAUCCCUUAGGAUUAGUCGGUCCUGUGAUAGUGCAGGCCAAGAUAUUUCUCCAGGGGCUCUGGAAGCAGAAUUGUUCCUGGACGGAAACGCUUUCCGAUUCUCUUCAGCAAUGGUGGCUGGAAUAUCGGAGCAACUUGGCUGGGCUAUCCAAUCUACAAGUUCCACGAUGGGUUGCCUAUGGUUCGGAAAUUAUCUCUGUAGAACUCCACGGUUUUUGCGACGCCUCUACGAAGGCCUACGGAGCAUGCAUCUACGUUCGCUGUACAGGAUUCAACGGCGAAGUUUGUGCCAAUCUUCUUAUUUCAAAGUCUCGAGUUGCACCUUUGGAUGAUGUCAAGCGUAAGAAAAAGAAAAUGACUAUACCAAGGUUAGAGUUGUCAUCUGCACUCUUACUCAGCCACUUAUACGAAAAGGUGUCGGGUAGUUUACGAAUUUCUGCGAAAUCUUUCUUCUGGACGGAUUCAACCAUAGUGAAGUGCUGGCUCUCUUCGCCACCGUCACGGUGGCAGAUGUUUGUUGCCAACAGAGUCAGCGAAAUUCAGCAUUUAACUAAAGAUGGAGUUUGGAAUCACGUCGUUGGUUUGGAUAAUCCUGCGGACGUCCUAUCUCGUGGUGCCACGCCUGAAGAACUACAACAUCAUCAGCUCUGGUGGCGAGGUCCGGAUUGGUUGAAAUUCUCAUACAACGAAUGGCCGAAAACUGCAGAAACCGAUGAAGCGGAGUUUGAGCACACACUUCUCGAAGAGGCUACAGUCGCAGGACCCGCUCAAGUGGAUCCACCGAAUGAGAUAUUUCUAUUAAAGAGUUCGUACACCAAACUGGUUCAAAUAGUCGCAUUCUGCCGAAGAUUUUCUUUCAACUGUAAAAAUAGAAACAGCCAUCGCACAGGAUUUUUAACAGUCACCGAAAGAGAAGAAGCUUUAAAAGUACUUGUGAAACUAGCUCAGAAAGAAUGUUUUCCUCAAGAUAUUGCCGCUGUCAACUACACGGGUGAAGUGAAAAAGACUUCAAAGCUAAAAUCGCUUCGCCCACAACUGGUUAACGGAAUACUUGUAGUCGGAGGCCGUUUAGAAAACGCACCGAUUGCUGUUGGAAGAAAGCACCCAAUGAUCCUUGAUAAUCAUCACCCGUUUACGCAGCUGAUAGUCAAUCAUUACCAUCUCGCCAUGUUGCACGCUGGCCCACAGCUACUCACUGCUUGUGUUCGAGAAAAAUUCUGGCCACUUUGUCUGCGAAAUCUUGCCAGGAAAGUUGUUCACAGUUGUGUACGGUGUUUCAAAAUCAAGCCACGAGUUAUGGAGCAAGUUAUGGCUGAUCUUCCUGUGGAACGUGUAACACCUGCACCACCUUUUACGCGAGUUGGCGUAGAUUAUUGUGGCCCCUUUAAGUAUCGUUUCCCUAUUCGCAACUCUGCGCCUCGCAUGUGCUACGUUGUGAUCUUCGUUUGUUUGGUGACAAAGGCUUGCCACAUUGAUAUGGUUCAAGAUCUAACAACCGAUGGGUUCAUCGCAGCCCUACGCAGAAUGAUUGGACGUCGAGGACAGCCAGAGCUUAUUCUUUGCGACAACGCUACCAACUUUGUUGGUGCUAAAAGAGAACUCGAUGUUCUGAGAAAAAUGUUUAACUCCCAACGAGCAGCUCUUGCUCAAGCCGCCGCAAAAAAUUGCAUUGAGAUGAAGUUUAUUCCCCCACGAGCUCCUAAUUUCGGUGGUCUUUGGGAAGCUGCGGUAAAAUCAAUGAAGUAUCACUUGAAGCGUGUUAUUGGCGCUGACAUAUACACCUACGAUGAAUUCUACACACUCCUGACCCAGAUUGAGGCUUGUUUGAAUAGUCGACCGCUAACACCGCAACGAGAUGAUCCAGCAGAUCUUGAAGUUCUCUCUCCUGGCCAUUUCUACGUGCACCGCCAACUAACCGCAUUACCUGAACCUUCACUUGAUGAUCUUCGCGAAAAUGUAUUAUCUCGAUGGCAAAGAGUUCAACGUCACAUGCAAACCAUUUGGAAGAAGUGGUCAACUGCGUAUCUAUCCGACUUGCAAAACCGUGUCAAGUGGACAAGGCAACAACCCAAUUUGAGAGAAGGUAUGAUGGUACUUAUCAAAGAGGACAACCUACCACCGCUAAAGUGGGCACUUGGACGAAUCGCUUCGGUCCAUCCAGGAACUGACGGAAAUGUACGCGUCGUAGACAUUCGCACGGAAGAUGGUAUCAAAUCAAGAGCCAUCUCGAAAAUUUGUUUGCUACCAAUCAGGGACAACGCUGCAGAAAGGGAAGAGUAG